AUGAGCUCCAUCGGUACCGGGUACGACCUGUCGGCAUCCACCUUCUCUCCUGACGGGCGAGUUUUCCAGGUGGAGUAUGCCAUCAAGGCUGUGGAGAACAGCAGCACAGCCAUCGGGAUCCGCUGUAAAGACGGCGUUGUGUUUGGAGUGGAGAAGUUGGUGUUGUCCAAACUAUAUGAGGAAGGCUCAAACAAACGCAUCUUCAACAUUGACAGACACGUUGGCAUGGCCGUGGCGGGCCUCCUGGCGGACGCGCGCUCACUAGCUGAGGUUGCCCGUGACGAAGCCUCCAACUUCCGCUCCAACUACGGCCACGACAUCCCUCUUAAGCACUUGUCUGAACGCGUGGCCAUGUACGUGCACGCCUACACACUCUACAGCGCCGUGCGGCCGUUUGGCUGCAGCUUCAUCUUGGGCUCUCAUGACAAAGACGACGGACCGCAGCUCUACAUGGUGGACCCCUCGGGCGUCUCAUACGGUUAUUGGGGGUGUGCGAUCGGAAAAGCCAAACAAGCCGCCAAGACAGAAAUUGAAAAACUGCAGAUGAAGGACAUGACGUGCAGGGAGCUGGUCAAAGAGGUUGCCAAAAUCAUCUACAUCAUUCACGAUGAGGUGAAGGACAAAGCCUUCGAAUUGGAGCUCAGCUGGGUCGGAGAAAUCACGAACGGAAGACACGUGCUCGUCCCUAAGGACGUCAGGGAGGAGGCGGAAAAAUACGCCAAGGACUCGCUAGAAGAUGAAGAUGACUCGGACGAAGACAACAUGUGA